UGUGUGGCCAUCUUCACCGCCGGGAGAACAGAGCGGGCAUGGCGUCGGUGCUGCGGCUCCUAGUCCUGCUCGUGUGCGGCCUGGGGCCCGCCGUCCGCGCCCUGGAGCCGCGCGAGGUCUUCACCAACUCCUUCCUGGUCCGGCUAAGAGGAGACCACGAGCCCCGGGCCGCAGAAGCCGUCGCCAAGCGCAACGGAUUCCACAGCAUCGGGCCGGUGCUGGGGUCCAAGAACGAGUACCACUUCGUCCACCGCGCCGUUCCCCGGGCCCGCACCAAGCGAAGCAUCCCGCACAUGCGCAAACUCCGGGCCGACCCGCAGGUGGAGACAGCCAUCCAGCAGACGGGCUUCAAGCGGGUUAAACGCGGCUACACGGAGCUCAAGCUGGGGCCUGAAAACCUGAGGCUUCAACGAGAGCCCACGGACCCUUACUUCCCGUACCAGUGGUACUUGAAAAAUGUCGGCCAGAACGGCGGCAAGCCCCGGUUGGAUUUGAACGUUGAGGCCGCCUGGGCUCAGGGAUUUACGGGCAAGAAUGUUACUACAGCCAUUAUGGACGAUGGGGUUGACUAUAUGCACCCGGACCUUCGGGACAAUUACAAUGCCAAGGCCAGUUACGACUUCAGUAGCAACGACCCCUUCCCAUACCCAAGGUACACCGACGAUUGGUUCAACAGUCAUGGCACGCGCUGCGCCGGUGAAGUCUCUGCCAAGAGAGACAACGGAGUGUGCGGCGUCGGCGUCGCUUACGAUUCUAAAGUGGCUGGCAUCCGUAUGCUGGACCAGCCAUACAUGACGGACCUGAUCGAGGCAAACUCUAUGGGCCACGAGCCCAACUUGAUUGACAUCUACAGCGCUUCCUGGGGACCCACUGACGACGGAAAGACCGUCGACGGACCCCGCAAUGCCACCAUGAGGGCGAUUGUCCGCGGCGUGAACGAGGGUCGCCACGGCCUGGGCAACAUCUACGUGUGGGCGUCGGGCGACGGCGGGGAGGACGACGACUGUAACUGCGACGGAUACGCGGCCUCCAUGUGGACCGUGUCCAUCAACUCGGCCAUCAAUGACGGCGAGAACGCGCACUACGACGAGUCCUGCUCGUCGACCCUGGCCUCUACCUUCAGCAACGGCGCCAAGGACCCGCACACUGGCGUGGCCACGACUGACCUGUACGGGAAAUGCACCAAGACGCACUCUGGGACAUCAGCAGCCGCACCCGAAGCCGCCGGUGUGUUCGCCCUCGCGCUGGAAGCAAACCCCGAGCUGACCUGGCGGGACAUCCAGCACCUGACCGUGCUCACCUCGAAGCGCAACUCGCUGUACGACAGCAAGAACCGCUUCCACUGGAAGAUGAACGGCGUCGGGCUCGAGUUCAACCACCUGUUCGGCUUCGGCGUGCUGGACGCCGGCGCCAUGGUGGCGCUCGCCAAGAUAUGGAAGACGGUGCCCGCGAGAUUCCACUGCGAGGCCGGGUCGUACGUCAAGACCAGCGAGUUCAAGGCUAACGAGAGCCUAAAGAUCUACCUGGACACGGAUUCGUGCGCCGGUACGGACACCGAGGUGAACUACGUCGAGCACGUGCAGGCCGUGAUCACCCUCAAUGCCACGCGCCGCGGAGACGUCAAGCUCUUCAUGGUCUCCCCAUCUGGAACGCGGUCUAUGAUCCUGAGCCGUCGACCGAACGACGACGACAGCCACGACGGCUUCACCAAGUGGCCCUUCAUGACCACGCACACCUGGGGUGAGAACCCGCGCGGUCGCUGGACGCUCGAGGCGCACAUCGACCGCGGCACCGGAGGCGCCAAGGACUCCGGUUCGGAUGACGUCGGGGGCGAGGCCCGGGGCUUCCUCAAGGAGUGGACGCUCAUGAUACACGGCACCCGGGACCCGCCCUACGUCGACCUGCCGGCGCACGACCACAACUCCAAGCUCGCCAUCGUCAAGAAGGCCCACGAGUCGACGCGUCGAGGAGCCGCGGCCCUCAAAGCGAGGUCCAGACCCUGAGGGGGCUUCCGCCGCGCACGCCAGCACUCCGGACGACGCCUAACGGAAAUGAAGCAAAAAACGAGACGACGAUGAAGAUGCACGACGCGAAAGGAACCGAGGGAAAAAAAAAUAACGUACUGAGGAACCUGCCGGGAACCUCAAAGGCUACCGGGACUGCAGAGCUCAAAUUUUGUUAGCUGUAGUCAGCGGGCGCGCGGCGGCCAUUUUUCGGCCAUCCCUAGAAAUGCGGGAAACGAGGCGCGCGAGACACCUUGCGCCCUCCCUCGGAGGGCAGGCGCUGGAACUUGCGUUAGCGAAGGGGCACCGCAUUUAACAAAAUUUGAAUCCCCAAAAAAAAACUCUUUUAUCAAUAAGAGUUUGAUUGAGAUUGAAACGACCACAUUGGGAAACUUUUCUGUAAGUUCCUAGCUAUGUCGCAACAAAACUCUUGAUGGCCUCAAUAGGUGAAUCGUUCAUAUUAGCAAAGUGCUGGAACCUAGAUAUUUAUUCAUAAAUAACUGAACUUUGACGGAUAUGUUCCAAAAUGGGUCUUUAACAUAUAUCAAUAAAAUUCUCAUUGUAGCUGCGUUGUUUAGAGAGAUUCGAUUUAAGUUUAAUUUCGAAGGCCUUUCAUUCAUGCAAGUGCUGUGUGAGCGAUUACCGAGAAAGGGAAUUGGGUGGCCCGUGCGCCUGAUGGCCCGCAUUUGUGGCCAAGCGAGCUCUCAACUAGCGCUCUGAAGAAAAACAGAAAUUCGAGCUGGUCGGUCCAGAUUCAUCGUGGUGUCUGGCACCAAGUAGAACGCAGAAGGAAGAGGAUGCGACAGCAACGCCUUUGUCUGUCUUCAUCCUCUUGUGUUCUGUUUGGGCUCCAAGACACCAUGAUGGGCUCUGAACACCUUCAAUAUCAGGUGCGUCGAAUUUGAGCGUUGCAUCACCGCUUGUGAUUCGAAGCGCGCGCCGUGGUGUCAAGGAUGACCAUGGUCGGUGCUACGAUCUCGCCUGAUCUCACCACGUUGUCUGGUGAACCAAGACAGAUUAAGGCAGGCCAUUUCAGCGUUUCACAACAAAAUGAUACUAUGGGCUACAAGCGCAAAAACCCCUGUACAUACUCUAUAUAUGGUCUAUAAGACUAUAGGGCGUCCAUAGACAGCCUGGGUACUUGUGUUCUUAUAUUUUUUUUGUUUUGCUGUUAUUCAUAAACUUUCAAAAAGCAAUUACUAUUGAGGUCUAUCGACAAGAAAAAUCUCAAAGGACGUUAACUCGUCAACGACUUAGAAAUCUUGAUUUUCUCUUGUCCAUGCAGCCCGGAAAAGCCGCUCCGGUCUGUCAUGGUGCACCGACAGCUGUGGAAUCCAGACCACCCAUCCUGCUUUCGGUACAGGGAAAGCUCGUUUUGUGAUGGCGAAUCACCACCCAAUGCAUUGCGCCCUAGCUUAGAAAAGUGAUCCGCUGUGGUGUCAUCUUGAGUCAUUGCACUUAAGCCAACUGCAGCCAACAAAUCCGAGCUCUGCAGUCGGAAAUCGGAAGGACCUUUGUCUGCAAGCUGGUCUCCGACGAGAUUUCUUGCCUGAACCUGCAGCUUGUCUUUCUUUUUUCGAGCUUGAUGCACCGCAAGUUCUGAGCUCUAGAGUGAUUCUGAAUGCAAUUCAGAAACCCGUCAGUUCGGCUGAACAGAGUAAUAGAGGUUGCAAGACGGCGUUGUCAGCACCUACAGCAUGCAACAUUGUCUCUUAGGUUACACUAGAUAAGACUAACUUCUAAAGGCUCAAAGGCUAAAGUUUCUAGUUCAGAGACUGCGACCUAGAGUUGCGACACGUUUUGUUUACGAUAUCUUCCUUCCGCUGGUCCAUUCAUGACAUUUCUAUCAUCCACUGUCCCAAUAGGUCGUUGCCCGUUCCUGUAAACGUAGGAAUAGGAACGGCUCUGUGACACCGAGUCUGGUAUUCGCAAGGACCACUUCCAUCGUACGAUCUCUUCAUGACCCUUCGGUGCGUAAGCGUCAAAAAUUUAGAUGGUCAAGUCGGUAGGCAGGGCACCAACCGAUCACGCACAGAUCGUGUGCACGAAAAUCCUCGUCAACAGAACCCAGAUGCUGUGGGCAAAGCCACAGUUAUCGUCGCCUGCUUGACGGACCCUAAAGAAAAGUUGAACUCCAUGCUGAGGCGAUGUGUUAGGAAGCUUUAUUACCGUCGGGAACUGGUAUACUAUAAUGCUGAUGUUUGUUGGCCACUUUACAUUCUAGACAAGGUUCAAUACGAAACUACUUUCCCGUUCAAUGCGAGCGCUGCGCAUCCCAAACCAUAUUUCAGCCCAUUUGAUAACCGUGACAACGUUUUUGCAUGCUUAAAACGACUGUCUUACUGGAAAGCAUGCCGUUGUGGAAGAAAGAAAAUGCGCAAGCUCUUGUGUUAUCUAAUGGUGGUGCUGUGGAACUUGCGGUGCAGUAUGCUUGAGAAGAUGCGAGUGUCUGCUGCAUUCUUGUGACAAAUCUUGGGACGCACCAUAUCUUCCGUGUUCUUCAGACUGGAGCCCGCUCCUUCUCUGUAUCGAUUCACUUUGUUACCGUUGUCUCUUACAACGCUUUGUUAAGUUCGAGUGUCCUUGAACUAUGAUAGAGAGAAAGAAAUCUAUGAGCCUCAAGUACUUCUGAAGCAUAAGGAACAAAACACGUGUUAUAUUUGCAAUCACAGGGAAGAAAAAAAAACUCGCAUCGUCGUUUUGGGCGUUGGCUCUGGCUUGCCUCGUGAACGGUACGAAGGAUGAAACAUUGUUGAAUGUGCAGUCUUUGUCGGAAGUAUUGAGGUCACGACACACGUCACCAAAGUAGUUGCGGCGAUGCUUUUAAAUGAAUUGUGGCGCGAACAGGAAAAGCGAAAUACAGGCCACACGGACUGGUGCUGGUCUUCGCUGCGUUUAAGCCGAUUGCUCUGCAGUUCGUUUCGAAGUGCCGCUACUAUCACGGCAACCUCUAAACUAGAGGCACACUGUCAAGUUUAAAGAUAACAUCCACACGAUUUCCUAUAGGAAUGACAACAGCCGCGCUGUUCUUUUUUAUGUUUUCGCUGUUAUUCCUCUGGUCUAAAGGCAACAGCGAUCGAAGUAAAAUUUACGGGAACAUUUUAUAGGUAAUAUGUAUUGUUCUUAUAAAUUUCACUUCGAGCGAUGCUACUUUUAGAUGUGAUAAUAAAAUAAGCGAAACAUCAAAACCUACAUUACCGUUAGUAUUACCUAAGCUAAAGACACGACUGUUAAAUUCUAAGACUGAAAUUUGAACUUUUCUGGAGGUUACUCUCAUUAGAGUGCACGCGCAAACUAUCCGUAGAACGUUACUAAGUGGCUGACAUGUGCACCAGAAGGCCUCGUAGCGCUUCAGAUGCUGCAUUGCGCUGAACUAAGCUAGUUUGACGUUAUAACUCUGGGCCUGCAUAUAAUAUGUGUCCUGUUCGCGCAACUAAAGUUGUGGGCAUUGGUAAAGAAUUGCGUUAAGCACUCGCUUGGCCUUCGAUGCUCCCCUAGUGCGAUGCGAGCUCAUCCACACGGCCUGGCGACUAGUCUGGCUGGUGUGUGCUGUGGCCCGUGUACUUUUGGCAAAGACUGCAGUUAUUUUGUGCUGACAGUGCGUUCAUGCUCUGUUCUCGACAGUAUUUUUCAAUGCCACCGUUAAAAGAACAGAAAUAACCGGAAAGAUUUCGGUGUACACACUCUACAAAUGCGUACAUUGAAAAGCAGAGCUCUUUGUAAAGAAAUUAGACUUAGCUAUGUUGCCUGUUGCAAAUUUUAGAAUUGCACCUUGGAUGUUGAUACGCUGGUGCAUUUGCGUUGGCGUGAUAUGGUGACUACACGAUGCGCUGCAUCGCCGGACAAAUUCGCGCUAGGCCUUGUGGUCCGGGCAAAAAGAAAAUGUUCGAUGCACGUGCGAUAUACAUGUAUGAUCAAUCAGGAAAUGUGUCUCUUGAUAGUGGAGUAAAUGUUGGGUUUUAUUUUUCGAUACCAUUCGCUCCAAACAGCGAGGAAUAUGACUGCUGAUUUCCGCGGUGCCCUUUGUUGUUUUGGUAACGCCCGACCGCGAACACCAGGGAAAGUUGUGAAGCGUGGGAUCGGAAAUUUCGCGAUUCUAUUAUUUCUACGCUGGAGAGUAAGUGUGGAUGAGCAUAAUUAAAAAUUACAGUAACCGCGAGAUAACGCGUAGACACAUGAGGUGAAGAACAUCUUCGUGACCUCAUUUGCAAGAAGGCUCUAUACACAAGGUUUGCCGAGUCUUUUGUGAUUUCUCAAGCGCGCGUUGUAAUUAAUGCGCACUUCCGAAAAGUAAAGGUCACUGACAAUGAAUUAACACAGCUCUAAUUAAUUAGACUGUUUGGGCUUGUCGGUACAGCUCUAAUGACAUCAAUGUUUCCCCCAAAGCUCCCCCUUUCCCCAUCCCGAAAAAAGAAAGGAGGGCGUUGGGGAGAUGUCAUCGGUAACAUGUAUAUCGACCGAAGAGAUGAGAGCUGCUUAGGAGCUGGGGGACCAGCUUGCUCUAUAAAUGAGGCCCUUACAGUAUUGCUUUAUCAGAGAGGAUCAUUAGAAUAAAAAUACUCGCUUUGUAGCUGUAACCAAGGAGAUAAUUGAUUCAUUCAGCUCUUAAGAGAAAGCUUACACUCCGUAAAGAGGGCCAUUCUCGUUGUUAUGUUUGAAGAAGCCAGUUUACUUGAGAUUUUUAUAAGCUCCACCACUACAGAUGCAAAACAGUGGCGACGCUUGAUACGUUGAUCCAAAGUGACGGGAGAUUAACAGCAGCUAAUCUAAGUGCACGGGUAAAGCUCAAAUGUCGCAUCUAAACUCGGGCAUGUAGAGGAGGAACCCAGUUCGACCAAGGAAAGAGAAAAAAAAAUGAAAAAAAAAUAUAUUUUUAAGUAUCGAACAAUUAUCAAGUGCGAAUCGACAAAGCAACGACGGCGCUUUAUCAUUUAUUAACCGAGAAGUUCAUUUCUUUCUUCAACUAUCGAGACAUUUUUUUCGCAAAUGAUAAAGUACAGUCGACAUCUGGAAGCUGACCAGAGGAAACUGAAACGGUGUCAGUGUGAACAUGUGUCGACAAUAUUACGCACAAUAAAAUCGUUUUCUUUUCCAUUGCAAUGAACACUCUUCGGUCAUCGACAGAUACGUCGGUGCACACACAUUCUGAACACACUUGACGCAUCUCGAAGCAUGUCCUCAGUUUUGCUUUUUCUUCCAACACACCGAAGGAUGACAAGAAAUGUAUCGAAAAUGAAAUGACAUUCGAGCACAUCAGUACACGCCGUUAGUACUUUAAUCGAAAGUGCCACGGAAUAUGGCACAUUCAAGGCAUAUGUGUAUGAAGAAUUGAACAACAAAGCCUAUGUGGAACAUAUCAUUUAAAAGGACGGAACAACGGCUACAUGACCAGCUCCCGUCAUGUGCAGUAUGGUACACUUUUAAAAGGAACACCAAAGUAUAAAUAAUUGCAUUAAAACUACAAUAUUUCCUUACAUACAUCGCGAAAAGCUGACUGACAUGAUUUGGGGAGGCGUUCUUGCUCUUAGGAAAUACUCUGCAGGCAUUCAUCACGUAACACAGAUGUAAUUGAUGGCGACAUACCAAGUCCCUUGGAUAGUAGACCAUACUGUACAUCAUAUUCAGUGUCGUUAAAUGUGCUCCAGAAUCCCAAUAACAAGUGCCCCCAAUUUUCGGCAUUAAUAACUAAGCCGACGUUUUUCCCCCUUUAUUCUCUACGUUAUACCAUGGUGCGGAGGCUUCAACAACGGUGUCCGAGAAGUUACUGUAGCAUAACUGCAGUGCAUACUGUGACGUCGCUCUUCUUGCAAAAUAGUAGCUUCGUUUUCUCGCACCCGAAAACAUUGAAACGAUAAACGCAACACAGCGUAUGCAAACGCAGCCGGCUGUUCACGUUGCUUCGAAUCUCCAACACUACUUCCAUGUCCCGUCAACGGAUGUUAUUCGAAUCCACCAAGCGGACGAAAAACGACCCACAAUCCGCCGCCUCGCGGGAGCGUCCUCUGCACGCCAUUUCUUUCGAAACCCUGCGACCCACACGUCCAGCUGCGCAUGCGCAAGUUGCGCGCAACGUGACACGGUGUCCCCCGUCAAACAUCCUAUAGUUAGGGACCGACCAGAACUUGCAAUCUCGAAAUGCAUUGGCAAGUGUCCAGUAACAGGUAUUGCCGAAGCUAACUUCGAUUUUUUUUUUUUUUUUUUUUUUUUUGUGUGUAUCUGUCGGCGCGUGCGGCAUGUCGGGCACGUGUCAACAGAUACGCAGAGCUUAGGGCCGGCAGACAAUACAGCAAAGACCUAAAAAGUUAAGAGCGCAGACUUUAAUUUAGAGUUUUGUGCAACUGUCACUAGAGCGCGGCCUACGCCGCUGGAACCGUUCUACCAGAAUUAGAAUAAAAAGUGUAACAGUAAGGAAUUACUUGCUUUGACUGAAGUCCUACUCGUUAUUCGUUUUAUUUGAGUUAUCUUAGGUUCAAUUGCAUAUGGUGCUUGUGUCAUAUCACUGCUUCCUUCAAGUCCACAUUUAACAUUGACCGUGAAAUCAGAUCAUGGUAAGAUUUGCAGUGUUUUGAUUGACUUACGUAUAAUACGCUACGCGACCCUAGCUAAAAGUCCCUUUGAGCAUAGAAUAUCUGCUUCUGACAUUCAAAACAACUAAUUUCUAUAAACUCACGGACAUCAGUGGAAAGACAGCAUUCAAUAUUGCUCUCUUUAUGGGUGCAUACAUACAUACAUACAUACAUACAUACAUACAUACAUACAUACAUACAUACAUACAUACAUACAUACAUACAUACAUACAUACAUACAUACAUACAUACAUACAUACAUACAUACAUACAUACAUACAUAUCAUCAUUAAAAAUACAUACUAUCAGCAUUAAUAAUGCCAAAGAAUACCUAAGGACACUGAAAGUUGUUUCUACGGAGUUCUAUGCACUCCUGUUCAGGUUUCUGGUAUUACCAGAUCAAAGCUAUGUACUUCUCGAAUUUCUCGAGCUGGUCAAAGUGUUCCAGCAACGUUAUCUCGAUCAUUUCACUGACGCCAGCGCCAAAUUUCCCUCUAGUGAUAUUCUCACAAAACAUUAUGAGGUCAGACAAAACAGGAAGCCGGAGCGCUACGAUAGCUGGUGCAUAGUGGACAGGUGAGGGUUGCAGCUCCACCUUCGAUGCAGAGAAAGAAGACAACACAUAACGUGAGAACCCUCCGUCUCAGCUUGCGUGCGUUUUUGUCCCGCCACUCGUGCGCUUUAGUCGUGCUUCGAUGUUCGAGCGGGCCGUGCCGUAAUUUUACACGACAUUCCGAGCUUCCCAUGCCACGUUGCUGACUGCGCGAUCGGCACUCCGACAUUCGCCGCUCGCGAACUAUGUACGCGGCUGCAUACCUUUUUUAUUUGCUAUUGUUUUACGCGUACAAUGCACCAGCGUUCCCGCGUCUGCCCCCCAGAUGACCUCCUGCUAUGGUUCUCCGCCGCCGUACCUCGCUUGAACUCUAAAUAGUGAAAGGAGCACUUGCAUCACAUUUUCCACUUGUAUUCUUUCUUUCUUUUUUUGUUUAGUGAGCCAAAUCCUAAAGGAAAAAUUAAAAUCCUAAAAGAAAAAGCGUCAGAGCGCCCCAUAGUAGACUAUGUAUUGGCCCGUGUAAUUGAGUAUAAUACUUGUUUCCACGAACGAGUUGCAUAUUUGGUACCACGCGUGAUAUGACGUGUCAUGACGUCACGAUACUAGUCGCUUCGUUCCAUGCGAUUGCUUAAACAAACAUUUUACAUAGUAUCUUUAGAUAUUUAGACUGCUCUCACGUUUCCGGUCCAGCCACCAUUCGAUUCGGCAAUAGAACAUUUUCUUCGUGUAUAUUCACCACCCAAUACUGUUUAGAACCCUGCUUAAUUGUGUACACUUCUCCAUGCUGCUUUCGCGGUCAAUUGUUUUUCUUUUUUACUUCAUGUUUUCUUUUUUUUACAUUGCGAUGCCUUUGUUGUAACCUGACGCAUACACGUUUCACUUCAGUUUCCCGAAAAUAUUGCGAAAGGUUUUAGCUGGCACGCAACCGCUAAAAUAUCUCAAGCUGUAGACUAGAACAGGAAGUCUACCUGAGACAAACGCUGGAACGCACAGUGUACUUCACGCCAUAUCAUAGGCAAGACUUUUCUCGCUAUAAAAUGAAUGGCUGCUACACGCUACUACCUUCCUUCUUUGUAAUAUAGCCUACCACGUAAUGUAGCCUACGAUGUGUGGUGAGGAAUGGACCAAGCACGGAGCUUCACUUCUAAUCGAACCCAAUGUAGUUAAGGCUAGUAGCAAUCCGCUACCCCGACAGCAGUCUGCCCACACUCCAAACAAAAGGGAGUUCAUGUUACUCCCUUAGGCGGGAGUAAGUGGUUGUCCUCCAUGUUUCACACCAUUCCUUGAAUUUUCGUGAACCCCGAUAGAGUGCUUUUACUCUGUGUGUACACAAUCAGAGCAAAUGUACUUCGUCCCGGGUGUGAGAAUUCUCUAAAAUGAAGUUAAAUAAGGAGCCAACGGUUACUCCAGUAUGUAUGAGUAGUCGGAACACCUAUUCGUUCUAGAGAGUACGUCGGUGAGUUUUGCAGCGGUAGCGUACCUUGUCGCUUGAGAUCUUAGUGUAAACAACUUUUGCAAGUUAACGCGAAGGUAAAGUCGGACAAAAAAAAAAGGUGGUGCGACUGCAAUCGCCGGCUGACAGGACAGAAAAGUGAGAACAUAAACGUAUGUAGAUAGCUGCGGCUCCGUGACCUUCGAUUCCCUAUUAUUUAUGCGCUAUCUGAAUGACCAUAUCCCAGCUUCCUCUGACCCGUGAGUAAGACCACAUCCAGCACUAACACAGUAGACUCUGUCAAAACCGACCAAACAACAAAUUGAACGCCGCCUAUAAAAAAAAAAGAUAACCAUAGCCUCUUAUUGACUUCGUAACUUCCCCGGUUUAUUUUCUUUCUUUUUUUUUUUGACAGCUCCAAUGAUAUUGUACUAUAUAUCGCUGUGAAAGCACGAACUCUAGAAUAGGCUUUAUUCUUAAAUGUGAACUCGGCUGUACAGAUACCGCCUUUUCCUACGUCGAUGUUUCCCUCCUGUUUCGGACCUAAAUGAGUCUUAGCGUAAAUAACCUGCUCGCAAAUGGCAAAGCUCGGUUACGUCUUUGACUCGUAAUCAUGUUUUUACGCUUCUUCGCCACGACAUUACGUUUAAACGAGUACCUAAGACUUCUAAGUGUUUUGUUACCCAAUGAGUGUGUAGCUCGCAUGUCACGCUAUCUACUUUCCUAUACAUUCGAGUCGUUUCUCUACAUCCAGCAACUCUGAUGUGGAAUGACAACGCAGUGAGUGUGACCAAGCUGGGUAUCGCGCGAAAGCGAAUUUCGUAUUCGUCGACGUGAUACGCUCCAUGCUGAAACUUUUUUUAUUAACCAAAUACAAAUUUUUUGAAGCAGCGUUAAGUACAGCUUACUUAAUUUCUUGUGGAAUUGUUCUGCAAUAUAUAUUAGCACAUACUUCUUUCCUUUUUGUGCGCAUGCAUAGCUGCGAUAUUUUUCACGCCAAAGCGAACGCUGGUAUGCAUUAUUCACUGUUUAUACUCUGCACUUUGUACAUGUAGACGUUUCGCUGUUGAUAGUCUAUAAGAGAGAAUGCGGAGUGGCUCGGUGAACGCUUGCUGGCAUCAGACAGAACAUGGACAGAGCCUUCAUUUUUUUCUACUCUUGAGGCGCUGCUGAACCAUAUGCAAUUUUUUUUCCGACGGAAUAAUUUAAUUGAAGAUGCUUGUGUGUUUUCCGAUAUCCCGCUUGCUCUCGACUAAUUAAAAAAGAGAUGUCGCACCUCGGACUCAAGCUGUCGGCAGAAGAGGUUUUAUCAUGAUUUCCGGCCCUAUCGUUUUUACUUGUUUAUUUUUUCAUUAAAGACGCUGGCAACGAGCACAAUAUGUCGCCAGCUUCUUUACAGCUAUAAUUUGUUAAAUGAAUGAUACAUUUAAGAAGAAAAGGCGUCACAUUUUACAAAAUGUAAGCUUACAAGAAAAUUCCAUAGCCCAUUUUUUCGCAUGUAAUUUAUGGGAUUGGAUAAAUAUUGCGUUUGUAAUGAGAAGAAAAACCCAAAUUUCGCAUACAAACUUGGACAGUGUAACCACUAGAAAACAGCUUACAUAUAGUUUGGCUUCACCUGAGACAACGCUGUGGUUCGCUAUUCUGAGUACGGUAUUUUUUUAAAGCGCGCAGUUAGAUGCAGCCAGAUGCAAGCAAGGAGUAAUAGAGUCUAAAUACAUCACAUUUCGAGCAAUCAAGCUUGAACAGCAGUCUGAGCUCGACAUCAAAUUAUGUGCGGUUUCAUUUUUCAAUAGCUGGCUGCUCCGAAUGUGUCUGCUGGUCUUCGCCUACUUAACCCUCGAUAUUCUUGGGCCUAAUGCUGCGUUUUGUAAGUUCCGAUGUCGCUUCUUUGCUUGUUCAACGCUUCAUGCUGCAUUUAUUUCCACGAUUUCUCGAACUGCAGCGGCACCCGUACCGCCAUUUAACAAACCUAAAAGCCGCGCAUCUGUUUUGGUUCGCUUUUGCAAUCAUCGGGUCGCACACUGAAUGAGCAUAUAAGCUCGUCUGACAAGAACGAUCUAAUGCAGGCAAGCUUUCUUUAUCGGGCCACUCUGAUUACGAUGUUGAUACGCAAAUGAUUAGCGACUCUGCAAGCAGUCAACUUGUGAGACUACCUACUUACAUGGCAGCCGUGCCGAUAGAACGCCACAUGUUCCAUGUAUGCUAUCGUGUUUUCCUUGGGUGACAGAUGUCUCGCUUUUAACGAACGAACCCGAUCGAACACGACGGGCGAAUUUUCGCAUCGUAUUCACCGCUUGCUCCUUGUUCGAUGGAUGCAGUGCAGCGGUGAAUCGCCCUUGGAAGAAGCCGGGAGCAAAGCCCGCGUGUAAAGUGAACUAUGUUGACGAACCCCGUGGCGAACCCGAGGGUGAGGGGGAGAUAUGAAAGAAGUUAUAAAGGACACUCGGGUCUCGCGUACCAUGCUGUUGUAAGAUAUUGUUGGUCUGUAUAAUAAAUUCUAUUGUACCUCUGUG